AAGAUAAUUUUAAUGGAUAGAAGAGGGUAGGCGGAGUUUCUAAAGAGUUCAUAAUUAAGAAGCAAACGAGAUCAAAUCCGAUUCUAAAUCAAGACGCAGUUCGAUACUCCAUUUUCUUUGAGGACAUGAGGGAGACCCCAAUAUUGGUAUUGCAAGACGGCGCUUAAGUCAUUGACAAGAGAAAUGACAAGAGAAUCAACGAUGAUGAGAAAAAAAGAGAAAUGUCAAGAUUCUGAAGAUAAGGAUAAGAUCAGUGGGUUGCCUGAUGAAUUACUCUUGAAGAUACUACUGCUUCUCCCAACUAAAACUGCAGUUAGGACGAGUAUUUUAUCCAAGCGAUGGGAGUUUCUUUGGAUGUGGUUGCCUAAGCUUGAGUACGAUUGCUCCGAUUAUUCUGCUGCUGAGCAAGAGAGAUUAAAGCGUUUUAUAAAUCUGAAUUUGCCAUUUCAUAAAGCUCCAGUCAUAGAAAGCUUGCAUCUCAAGUUCAAUGGACCAGUUCAAACAUUUGAGCCUCAAGCUAUCGAACUAUGGGUUGCAUUUGCAGUUUCUCACUGUAUCCGUGAGUUAAGUCUUGCCUUCAGAGUAAUUCGUGACUUCUUUAUUUUUAUGAGGCAGCCUGUUAGAUUGCCUAGUAGUUUGUAUAUCUGCAAAUCGCUAGUGAUCUUGAACCUGAAUGACGAUGUUCUCAUCGAUGUUCCUCGCAUGGCAUGUCUCCCCUUCUUGAAAACUUUGCUCCUUCGACGUGUGACUUACUCAGAUGAGAAUUCUCUUCAGAAACUCCUUUCCAGUUGCCCUGUUCUUGAAGAUCUAGUGUUGGAACGAAGUGAGUUUGACCAUUUUGGAACAUGGAAGGUAAAUGUCCCGUCCUUACAGAGACUAACUGUUGAGAUAUUAAGAACUAAUGAUUUUCGUGAGCUUGUGGUAAAAACUCCUUCUUUGAAGUAUUUCAAAGUUACUGAGGAUUAUACUGAGAAUGGUAGUUACUCCUUCUCUUCUAACACUAUGCCCAAGCUGGAGGAAGUGGAAAUUGAUUCCGUGUACCUUGGUUUUGACAAGUUUGUUACAUCAAUCACAUUUGUUAAGCGGCUUUCAAUAUGCGUAGGAGCCAAUCCCCUUGAGGCUUUAUACCGUGAGGGUAUUGACUUCAAUCAUCUUAAACAUCUUAAGUUGUGUCAAUGUGAUUAUGAUUGGUCAAAGUUACUUGCUCAAUUACUCAAAGAUUCUCCAAAUUUACAAGAGCUGGAGGUCUAUCUGCAUGAUGGUCAUGAAGAGGGUUAUUUCCAUCCAAUGCUUCCCUGGGAGGAUGGACUAAAUUGUGUUCCUAAAUGUUUGUUAUCGAGUCUUGAAACUUUCAAGUGGACAAGGUUGUUUGGGACGGAGAAAGAGAGACAUCUGCUGAAAUAUAUCUUGAGAAAUGCUUGUUGCUUGAAGACUGGGACAAUCUUGUUUAUGGACGCUCCAGAGAGACAAGUUCCAGUUGAGAUGAUGAUCCAGGAUUUGUUACUCUCUCCUAGAGGUUCAACAACAUGCCAACUCGUACUUAAUUGUGAAUUUUGAUCAGUGGCUGUUUUACUUUCUAUGAACUUUGAUGAACUUUGAUGAUCGUGAUAGUUUUUAGUUUCUUCCCUCCCAAUUGUUUACGGGAAUUUAGAAAGGCCCUUGGGUUCGACAAAGAUAUUGUUAUGAGUUAUAAUUAUGUGACCAAAGCAAUUGGUCUCUCACUUCUAUUUUUAUCGAAAGUAAAGG